GCUUCCGUCUGCGAGGAAGAACAGAGAGACGAGGAAGCUGGAGGAGGACAGGACAAGUGACAGGAGGAGAGAGAGGAAGAGAGAAUAAAGUAGAGGAGGAAGGGUGGCACUUUCACCCUGUUGGACUAUCAAUCAACCUGCUGCAGAGGGAGAGAGAGGUGGAGAGAGUGGAGAGAGAGACAGAGCGAGAGGGAGAGAGAGGGAGAGAAUGGCGAUGGACUGGCCUACACAUUCUCCCCCAGCACUGGUCCCGGCUGCGGUGAGUGCCGGAGCAGUCCUGGUUUCUCAUUAUGUCUUCAACGUUGCUGCCCAAGUCCCUGAUCCAGCGCUCUUGCCCACAGACCCCCCACCGAAGCCGGACCCCAUCACCUCGGAGACGGUCGUGUUUUGGGGACUUCGUCUCUGGCAGGUUGUGGGGAUUUUCUCCAUGUUUAUCCUGGUCAUCAUCAUUACGCUGUGCUGCAUUUUUAAAUGUCGAGUUCCUCGCACCAAGAAGGAGAUCGAGGCUCGUCACGCUCAGAGACAAGCGGCUAAGACCUAUGCUAACACACUGGAGACGGUUCCUCCUCUCAAUGAACUCACUGAGAUACCAGGAGCAGCGAAGGUGGAAGUGAACACGGUGUCAGAAAAAGUGGAUGGAGAGAAGAAGAAGGAGAAAGAAGGAAAGAAGGCAGCGAAGGAGGGCAAAGGAGAGGAACAGAAAGGAGAAUCGGAGGACGGGAAAGGCGAAAAAGGGGGCGGGGCCAAAAAAUCUGCAAAGAAGUGAUGGUGCUAAACAUUUUUUUCUAGUGCAAUGUUUCAUUUAUUUCCUUCAUUUUCUAAAAAAAAUCAUUGUUUUUUGUAUUUUAUUGAAAUUUGUAAAUAUAUUACAGAAUAAACGCUUCCUGAAACCCUGA